UUGGCCGGGCGCGCGCGGGGGGCGGGCCGAAGGUUCCAGAAGGAGCGGGCGGCGGCGGCGGCGCGGCCGCACCAUGAAGGCGGCGGCGGCGGCGGCGGCCGGGCCGGGCCCGGCGGCGGCGGCGGCGCCGGUGGCGGUGGCGAGCGGGGUGGCCGCCGUGUCGGUGGCGGUGAGCAGCAGCCUCAACGCCUUCCGCGCCCACAAGCGCUACAGCCGCGGCCUCACCAUCGCCGAGUUCAAGUGCAAACUGGAGCUGGUGGUGGGCAGCCCGGCCUCCUGCAUGGACCUGGAGCUCUACAGCCCCGACGACCAGCUCCUCGGGCGGCUCGACUGCGACGAGGCGCUCCUGGGCUCCUACCCCGUCGACGACGGCUGCCGCAUACACGUGCUGGACCGCAGCGGCGCCCGCCUGGGCGAGUUCGAGGACGUCUCGCAGGUGCCCAAGUACGAGAUGCCCGAGAGCGAGUACGACAAGCGGCCAGAAUCCCUGCGCUCCUUCCUCAAGCGGCGGCAGCUGGGCCGCUACGGCGAGGCGGCGGCGGCGGCGGACGGGGACGGGGACGGGGACGAGGAGCGGCGCCGGGCCCAGGAGCGGGCGCAGGCCGCCGCCGUGCCGCUGGGCGCCCGCUGCCAGGUGCGGGUGCCGGGGCAGCCCGCCAAGCGCGGCACCGUCAUGUACGUCGGGCUGACGGAUUUCAAGCCGGGAUACUGGAUCGGGGUGCGCUACGACGAGCCGCUCGGCAAGCAUGACGGCAGCGUCGCCGGCCGCCGGUACUUCGAGUGCCGGCCCCGCUACGGCGCCUUCGUCAAGCCGCCCAGCGUCACCGUCGGCGACUUCCCGGAGGAGGACGACGGCCUGGAGGAGGAGGAGAUGUGAGCCGGGAUCCGCCCCGGCGCUCCGCACGGACGCUCCCCCGGCGGGGCUUCCCUCCCUUUUGUCGGGCUGGAAAACGCCGUUUUCCUCUGUCCCACCGCAGCCACCGCCCGAAAUUCCGGAAAUCCCCGUUGUACAAAGCCGCCUCGUCGCCCGGAAGCCGCUUUGCCCCAUCCCGGCGCUUUUUGCCCCGUUUUUGUGCCGCUUUUUUUUUUUUAAACCCCCCCCCUGCCCCCCCCCCCCCCCCCCCGCGUCGCUCCCGGCGCUGCUCCGGCCGGAUGCCUCCGCCCGCCGCCGCGGUUUCGGGGCCGGAACGGGGGGAUUUGGCGUCUCCGUAAGUUAUUGUCCGUCCCCGGUGUUGCCGCGCCAAUAAAGGCCCCGCGGGGGGA